CUCCUUGUAAGAAAGAGAAAAUAUUAGUAAUUUCAAAUAGUUUCUUUCUUUGAAGGAUAAACCGACCAAACAAAGACCCAAAAUAUAGUAAUUCAUUUCAGACAGAUCGUAUUCUUAUCACUCUUCCAUUUUUUUUUUCUUUUCUUUCCAAAGUUUCAUUCUUUUUCCCAUUUUAGAUCUACCCUUUUCGAUUCUACGUAUAUACAUGUAAAUUCUAAUCAGAAAGUCCAAGCUUUAGUAGCAUUUGAAUGGUAGAGUGGUGGAGGCUUUGUGAUUCCAUUUUCUAAGUACAAACAGAAAAAAAAAAAAAAAAGAAAGGUUAGAAUCCGAGGAAUGGAGUAGAAGAGGAGAGUGUAUGGGGGACAAAACAUAGAGUUAUUGAGAGUAAUAAGGAUUCGGUUUGAACCCAACAGUGAGGUUUGUAAAGAUAGAAGAGAAAAGAGAGGGAAGUGGUGGAAGGUUUGUUUCCUUUUUUCAGGGAUUCAAGUGUAAUUUUUUUUUAUAAAGGGUCACAAAGGGGUUGGCUUUUUAGUAUGCCACUUUGGUUUUAAUAAAAGGGAAGGAGCGUCAAGGCCAGAGACUGACAGAGACAUAGAUUGAGAGAAAUAAGAGAGUAGUGAAGUAAAAAAAUGCAGGAAACAAAGAAGAAGAAUGGUGGAGGAGGAGGUGGCAAUGAAGAUUCCAAGAAGAAGGAGCGUCAUAUAGUGACGUGGAAUCAAGAGGAAGAUGAUAUACUUCGUGAACAAAUCAGUUUACAUGGAACUGAAAACUGGGCGAUCAUUGCCUCUAAAUUCAAGGAUAAAACCACAAGACAGUGCAGAAGAAGAUGGUACACAUACUUGAAUUCUGAUUUCAAGAAAGGAGGAUGGUCACCAGAGGAAGAUAUGCUUUUAUGUGAGGCUCAAAAAAUAUUUGGCAAUCGAUGGACAGAAAUAGCAAAGGUGGUUUCAGGCAGAACGGAUAAUGCUGUUAAAAAUCGAUUCUCCACACUAUGCAAGAAGAGAGCCAAGUAUGAAGCUUUGGUAAAAGAGAACAAUACUUCAUGUAUAAACCCAAAUAACAAAAGAAUUUUGCUCCAAGAUGGGUUCAAUACAGAUGGAACAGCGGAAUGUGUUGCUCCUGUUAAGAGAAUGAGGAGAUCCCACAUCUCUGAUCUCUCUGAAACUUUCAACUUUGGAGAUAGAGCUCAUGGAGUAUCUGGAACAAUAAUCAACCAGCACCUGAGACAUCCAUUCGCUGUUUUGGGUCAAAAUCUUCAUAAUGUUCACAACGUGGUGGUGCAAUCUCAAGUCAACAAUGUUAAGGAGGUCUCUAAUGAUGCAGCUCAGAAUAAUAGAACUCAAGGAACAUUUCUCAAAAAGGAUGAUCCGAAGGUAACUGCUUUGAUGCAGCAAGCAGAGCUACUCAGCUCACUUGCAUUAAAAGUUAACACAGACAACACAGAACAGAGUCUGGAAAAUGCUUGGAAGGUUCUCCAAGAUUUUCUGAAUCAGAGUAAAGAAAAUGACAUCUUCAGAUAUACAAUCUCUGAUAUUGAUUUUCAACUUGAAGAUUUCAAAGACUUGCUAGAGGAUUUAAGGAGCAGUAAUGAGGGAAAUCGACCAUCUUGGAGGCAACCUGAUCUAUAUGAGGCAUCUCCAGCCAGUUCAGAAUACAGUACAGGGUCAACACUGAUGCCUCAUCCGGCUGGGGAAAAAGGACAAGAAAACCAAGCCAAGAUAGAUGCACUGCACCGGGACAUACUGUCAAGUCAUAUUGGAGAGCAGAAUUGCCGGAAUGAAGAGGAGAAAAUGGCUCUUUCUAGUGCAAAGAUAAAUCAUGUCGAGAUAGUACCAUCUUGUGAUGAUCAAAAAAACAUUAUGGUUGCUCCUAACUCAUCAAGCGCAGAAUUCAGUUCCCCAGUCCAUGUUACCCCACUUUUCAGAUCUCUAGCAGCAGGAAUUCCCAGCCCGAAAUUUUCAGAAAGUGAAAGGAACUUCCUACUUAAGACACUUGGAAUGGAGUCCCCUUCACCUAAUCCAGCAAAUAAUCUUUCACAACCACCACCUUGCAAACGAGUCCUCCUCCAUAGUCUAUAACAAACCUCUGAUCAUCUCUCAUUCUGAAACCAACAUUGGGCUAUAGUCCAUAUAUCUCAUCAUUUGUUCCCUUGUGCAACAUAGCUCACGUUGAGCUUUCAUCAUUUAUUUUUUGUCCUAGGAUUGCAGCCAUCUUAGCCUGGAAUUUUACACAAGGGCAUUUAAUGAUCUGCAUUCCCACCUCCCCGCUUAGAAUGUUUUGGUGCAUUCUAGCUUCUCAGACACAUCCAAUAAGAUGUCCUGAGUUCUAUUAAUUUUCUCCUCUAAUUUCCUAGAGAGUACAACCUUAAUACUCACAUUAAAACCCAUGUGUGCUUUUUUGUGUGUCUCAUUCUUUUGUUUGUCAUCUCAUCCGAGCGGUAUCGGAUUUUCGGCAUCUCUUCUUCCAUCCUUCUGAUCCAGUUUUUGUCCUUGAUUUGUAAUUUUGUACAGAACCUUCUAUAUAAAAUCCUUAGAGUGUAAUUAUACAUUGGCAACUUGCCUGCAUAUGAUAAAAGAAACAGAGGAAGAAAAAAAAAAAAAAGAAACAGUAAAGGAGGAUUAACAUUGAUUGGAUUCCUAUUUGAUGUUGUUGGGUGUGCAAAGGGUAUAGAAUAAGUUUUCUUUUUUGUGGUUUUCUAUCCUGAUUUCUAAUGUAAUGAAACUCAGAUAUGAUUUGAGUGAAAAUGUGUUUGGGCUUUGGUGUGAAACAACCUCUUACUCUUUUUUAAUUUCCCCAGCUUGACUUCAUGCAUUAUGGAAUCUAAAUAGACAGAAGAUUUGACAGUUAGUUACAGCUCAAAACAUGAUGCAGCAGGUAGCAAUGGAAUCAAGCUAAAACUUUCAUUUUGGAUCUUUGGGAAAACUGAGCAUACAAUAGAUUACUCUCUUUCUUGCAUUCUUUCAAAGAGGAGCAAAUCAAGGGAAUAUAAGAAAAUAAAGAAUGUAAAGCAGCAUACUUACAAAGAAUGCAAAAGAACAUCCAUUGUCUGACCAAGCAUGAAAUGAACCACCCCUAUCUUUCCCUUCUCUCUUUCUCACAAAAACUGUAUGAUCUCAGUUGAAAUUAGUGUUUGCAGAGAAGAAGAGUGUUGGAACUUUGUUAUCAAGUGACACCAUCGGUGGGGGGAUACCAGAUAUAGUGGAGGACAAGUGUAAUUAUGACCAAAGCAAAAGCAAAGAGUAAAAGCAGGGAGAGGGAACCUCAUACAAAAUAAAGUGAACUUAUUGGCCAUAAACUUUCUCCAUAGAAGGUGCAUUUUGACUGUUUUGACCCCCAGAUCCAUGCAAAUAAUGCACACUUUUGCCCCAAAUAUCACUCUGAAACGCACGGUAGAAGCUAUGUUAUCAUUGCAGAGUGAAUAGUCGACUAUUCAAAUGAUAUGCAACGGUUACCUCUCCUGCCCCCACUUCACCAUAAAGUAGAGAGAGGCUUUCUUAAUGGGGACAACCUUGAAUGUAACUAAAGCCUUGUUUCAUACCUUGAUAUGAUAAGUUAACAACAUAAUGUUUUUUUGAAAUAGAGCACUUGAAACUUACAACUCUCGGCUAG